GGUAUCAAUCCUUCUCAUCUGGUGCAUCUUGCAUCUCACUGAAGGUUUCGGAGCAAGCGAGGUUGGGCAUACGAGACAUGACCGCCAUGAUACAGUUGUAGAUGUAUACAGGUUAUUACCACUAAGCUACUCCGAGGCUGAUCCCUCUUCUUGGGUUGGAGUUCCCAUCUGCGGAUCAUUCACAAGCUCAGAGCACCUUCUAUGAAAGGCGCACGCCGAGAAGCGUUGAGAUUCAGAGCCGAUCGACUGGCGCCUCAUGGAUAGAAUGUGCAUUGGAUGCAUGUCCCCCGGUGCUCUUUGUAGACGGUCUGCCCGGCAUGCGAAUGGCGUUAGGCGAUCAGAGCAGGCUUAUAGCGUCCCAACGGCCAUUCUUCUCUCCGCUUCCGGGUCUGCCCUUCUUGCUCCCCAUCUCAGACAAUGCUGAUCCUCCAUCCCAAGUCCGUUUGUGAUGUCUGCCUCGAAACCUACGACAAUGACAACGUCCCUCAUGCUAUUGAGUGCGGCCAUAUUUACUGUCUCAGCUGUCUGCAUUCUCUGGACAGACCACGGUGUCCUCUUUGUCGCCAAUCUUUCGACUUAGAGGAGGCCAUUAGGUUGCAUAUUGAUAAGCCAGGCGUUUCAUCGCCGACCCCACUUCUAUCUUCUCCUGAGCAGCCGGCGUACGAGCCUCCUUCCCAAGGAAAAGAAUUUCUCGCUCGUAUCAUGCACGUCGUCUUCAAUGGCUCUGAUCCGAAGGAUGUGCGCGAACUGCUGAGUAACGUUGAGGUAUGGUUGAACACUCAGGACCGAGCAGAGUAUCCAGAGUUGAACGCUAUGUAUUUGUUGCUGUUCCGGUAUUCCAGCAAGAAGUCCCAGGUGGAUGAGAAGAAAGAUAAGAUUCGAGAACUCAAGUUACGGAUAGACAUGGAGACUAGCAUGCAUGAGGCUCAAAUCUCGCGGAUGAAGAAAGAGUUUCAUCAGGAGAACGAGGCUGCUGCAAUAAAGGAGAAGCAGCUUAGAGGGGAAAUUGAUCACCUGAAAUCGCAAAAUGAAUAUUCUCUGGAAAAGUACAUGCGACUCAAAGAAGAAUAUAAGCGAUUACAGGCAGCCCAGAGUUCUGCUCCCCUUCCCACUCCUCCUCCAUCGUAUGAACCUCGGUACCAGACUUAUUCGAGGGAUCGUCCGUUCACGGAGCCAGACUCUGACGAGAUGGCAAUCAGUCUACCGAAGGACAAGGUUAUGACUAACGACAUGUUCACACUUUCCCCUAUUCCUGCAUCCGCCCAGAUCUCUGCUCUCAGGUCCACUGCACCACAUUUCCGCGCGCUUACUGAGGAGAGCGACACAGAAGACUUGAAGCCGAAUCCGUACCAUGUACGGUCGAUUCAGCCAAUAACUAUUAAGCCUUACCGCGAGAUCUACCGCAAGCCCGUAGAUUCGCAGUUCAGCCUGCACGACAUGGAUGUCACCCCUCGUUCCCUGCCUCGCAGCUCUGUGGACGUUAACAUGUCUAGUUGCUCAUCGUCACCUGCUGUAUCUGGCUUCCAGUACUCGCGUUAUGGAGACUCUAGUUCGUCGUCGUCAUCAUCUGGUUCUAGCCAAGAACGACCUCGACGGCCCACUCUAUCUCGGAAGCCUACGCAUGAUUCUCUUCCAGAGGAACCACAUGAGGAUGACAUCGAAAGGAAAAAGCUGCAAUUGGAAGAACUUCUCACCAGUCCUGCCAUAAUGAAUACCGCCAUGCCUGCCGACUACGCUCCGAAGCGACGUACGCAAUCGCCCAAUUCUUCCGUUCCUGUCACCCGUAACCCUUCACCCGUCUCUUGUGCCUCCACGUCCGCCUCUGCCCAAAAUCAACCACCACGUAACGUGUCCAGAGCUAGUGAUGCAGCUCAGCAGGCCCAACGCGAGCGCGAAGAACGUGAGAGGAAUAAGCCCGUGAAAGAUCCGACCUCUGCGACUUCGUCGUAUAACGCCUAUGGUCGUGACGCGAUGAUGUUCACUCAACCUACGUUACCACAGAGACCACCCUACAAUCGUAGGCCGUCAGACACCGGUAGCUUCCGCAUGAAGUCUAACUCUGUGUCAUCAACUUCGGGCUCUGGCGUGUCCAAUUUAACACGGAGUUUACGGGCGAAUAAUGAUGGGCAGCGAGUACAAUGAAAAGGGGUAUUUAUAUUUGGAAUCUUAGCAAGACGUCCUUUCGCCGUCUAACAUUUGGAGCUGGGAUCCCCUCGAGGCAUUAGUGACUGGUAUGUUUGAUUCACACACGUAUCUAUGUAUACUUAGUAUGCACGCCACUUCUUGAGGAGGGGAGGUUGCUGUUCAGUUAUAUCGUAUAUGUAUCAUUAGUACAGUCCUCCAAUGACAUCUCACGAAUGCCGUUUAACCAGGAUAUCGGAUGACUUGAAAGCAGUCUGAGUAAAGUUAGAUGGACUCG